AUGACACUAGAGGAUUUUGAAAAGUCACUUGCUGAGGGACAGGAGAAGCGCAGAGAGAGAACAAAGACCGCUCUAGUCGGCAUCACCAUCGCUCCAGCCACCAUCAUCGACGGCAUUCAUCGCGAUCCCGUGAGCGCGAGAGUACACCGCGAUCGCGAAUCACGACAUCGCGAUCAAGAGGGUCACCGAAGUAAACGCUCGCGUCACUCUCACGAUAGCAGGGACGAGCAGGAGAGCUCACAUAAACGUCGGCACCGACAUGACAAAGAAGACGAACAAUUGGCUCCAGCGACGAUCGCACCCGAAGAUUCCAAUGCCCUGAAGCGAGAUUCGUGGAUGGAAGCGCCUUCCGCACUUGAUAUUGAAUAUGUCCAUCGUUCCAAUCCGGAGCGGGUCGAAGAGGCUUCCAAGCCCAAGAUGCUUCAGGCGGAUUUCGAACUCAAAAUUCACGACAAAGAACUGAACAACCACCUGCGCGACCUCAAAGACGGGAAGGUCCUAGAGGAUAUCGAAGAAGAGCCUGCAAAGCACGAGGUGGAUUACACGUUUGGCGACUCAGGGUCCCAAUGGAGGAUGACGAAACUGAAAGGCGUUUACCGAGAAGCCGAGGAAGGCGGCAGACCCGUCGAGGAGAUUGCCGUGGAACGAUUUGGUGAUCUCCGCUCUUUUGAUGAUGCGAGAGAGGAGGAAAUUGAACUCGAUCGUCGCAAGAACUAUGGCGAGUCAUACGUAGGCAAAGACAAGCCGAGCGGAGAGCUAUUCCAGGAAAGAAAACUGCAGCACGCAGUUCACCGGAAAUCCCAUGAGCAUAUUCGUGACCCUGCAGAGGAUCUUAGGGCAGAAGAUCAGGGCAGAGUUAUGGACACUGAACCCCCGGCCAACACCACGAAACUACUCGAUCAAACGGCGUUAAAUCGUCUGAAGGCUCAGAUGAUGAAAGCCAAGCUGCGGGGAGCAGCUAACGCAGCGGAACUUGAGGAGCAAUACAACAAUGCUGCAGCUGCUGUGAUGUCCAACCGCAGCGAAUCGGAUGUAGUCGUGCUCGGUGUCCAGCAAAACCGCAUGUUGGCUGGCUCGAGAAAUGAAGUCAGAGCCGUGGAUACCAAGCGCGGCCGAGAGCGAGGUCUUGUUGAAGACAACGAAGAUAUGAGUAUCGAAGACAUGGUUCGAGAGGAGCGCAAGACUCGCGGUCAACUGGGAGGUGAAGGCGCACGGCUGGCGGAACGCAUCGCAAAGGAUGGCAAAUUCGAGAAUGAUUUGGAGUACAUGGAUGAGCAAGCUUCCAAACUCGCCCGACGGGUACAUCGGUCCGAAAUCGACAUCAAAAGCGCCACCAUCAAUGACUUCCGCAAGAUGAACCGUAUUCUGGACAAUUGCCAACUGUGCCAUAAUGAAGAUACCAAUACUCCACCGGUUGCCCCGGUGGUGUCGCUCGCUACAAGGGUCUAUCUUACGCUACCGACCGAACCCGAAAUCAGUGAAGGCGGCGCAACGAUCGUACCCAUUCAGCACCGAACCAAUCUUCUCGAGUGUGACGAUGACGAAUGGGAGGAGAUCCGCAAUUUCAUGAAGAGCCUGACACGAAUGUACCAUGAUCAAGGCCGGGAUGUCAUCUUCUACGAGAACGCGGCUCAACCGCACCGCAAGCGCCAUGCGUCUAUGGAAGUAGUCCCUCUUCCUUACAGUCUCGGCGAGACCUCGCCCGCCUUCUUCAAGGAAGCCAUUCUCAGUGCAGAGUCAGAGUGGUCGCAACAUCGAAAGCUCAUCGACACGUUGGCCAAGUCCAAGCAAGGACUCGGCAGAAAUGCAUUCCGUCGGACCUUGGUCAAGGAGAUGCCCUACUUCCAUGUAUGGUUUGAGCUUGACGGAGGUCUAGGUCACAUUGUCGAGGAUGACAAUCGCUGGCCUCGCGGUGAUCUUUUCGCCCGUGAGGUCAUUGGCGGCAUGCUUGACGUUGCUCCUGAUGUGAUCAAGCGUCAAGGCCGGUGGAACCGUGGCGGAGAUCCACGAGUCGAAGGAUUUAGAAAGCGAUGGCGAAAGUUUGACUGGACCCGUGUCUUAGUUGAGGGAUAG